UUUUCAGUAGCAUUAGCUUCACCUGGAAACUUUCAGAAAUGCAAAAUUUCAGACUCCACACAAGCCCUGAAUAAGCAUCUCCAGGACACAGCCCAGCAACCAAUGGUGUUUCAACAAGUUUGGCAGGUGAUUCUGAUGAUUCUCAAGUUCAAAUACCACAGGCUGAAAUAUUUCCCUGAAUGUUAUUCCCCAACAAUUUAUAAACAGGCAUUGACACUCCUGAACAUUUGGUUUCUUCAAGAACUUCAGAGGGCCUAGAGGAGUCACAGGUCUGAAAGAUUUGCUGGUGCAUUUUAUUUGCACCUCUGAUUUCAGUGCUGGAGUGAUCAUGGCAAUGCCCAGAUUCAGGAGGGAGAAAGAAGUCUUUCUUGAAAUAUUAAAAUAUGGCCACUUUUAAUAAAGAUUUUUUAUUUUGCUCUUCAUACUUUCCAUAUUUUCAGAUAGUAAGCAAUCAAGAAAAACCCAAUACGUAUUCCCAGAAAAUAAAAGCAAUCAGCACGAAGUAAUCUGUAAAUGCAGUCAGCUGAGUUUGGCAUUGGCUAUAAAAUUACCCAAAGGAGGUUGGUUGCUUCCAAUUUCCUGUUUUUUUCCCAGGGUCAUUGGUUGGGAGCUGACAAUCAAAAUCAUGAAGGAUUUUGUGGCGUUACAAUCAUCUUUUUGUGUGUGCUUGAUUUUGGCUUCUUCUCAGCAAAUGUCAGUGUCCGUAGGCUGUACUUCUUCUUUAUUCUGGGCUGUGGUUGAACCGACUCUACUUGGUCAAGAUCACUUUUUGCAUUCUGAUUCAGUGUCUCUGGGAAUUGGUUGUCCUGUAACACACAUAACUGAGAAGGGAUAUGAGUUUAAUUACCGUGCCAUCGAGUGUGGAAUUCAGAAAGAGGUUUUCUCCUAUGGAGUGGUUUUUUAUUCAGUUCUCCACUGUACCAUCAUGCACGAAGGAGUCACUAGAAAAAUCCCUUUGAUGUGUCAUGUUCCCAGAUUAUCCUCCUUAGAUACCACUCCAGGCACUGUUGACAAAGAUCUUACAAAGUCUGAAAACAAUCUUCCCUCUGCCAAUUCUGGCCUUUUCUGGAACACAACCAACACUUGCCUGUUUGGAUUGCCUUGGAUUCCAUAUUUCCAAGACCCCUCGGUGAAACCAUCCUAUCAGUCACUUCUGCUUAGAAUGCCUCAUUCUUUAGUCUAUGAGAGUGCUAAUGUGGCUGUGUUCUAGUGUAUGCUUUGGCAAUCUCAAUAAGUCUGUUGCUAUAGCAUUCUUAAAUUUACUUUUUAAAUCAAUCACUAUAGAUUUUGAAACUUUUCUAUGCCACCUCCUGAGAAGUCAUCUGGAAUAACUUCUAGAUGGAUUGGAGUAGUGCCUAAUGCUUCAUUUGUUUUUAAAAAGUGUUUUUUUCAGCAAAGUGACAAUUUAGCCCUUGCAUAUUCUUUUAUACAGAUAAGAAUGUAUCUGUAUAUAAUUUUUAUGUGGAGGCUAUGUUACAAAUAAAACAUACUGUGUCUUUGUAGGUAGACUUUUGAUGUCUGAGUGCUAAACUCAAAAUAUAGUGUAAGUUGUGAGAUUGGUGUGGAAGGUCAUUGUCACUCACUGUGUUGUAAGUAGCUGUUCAAUAAAUCACUUACGAUUACUAGUUUAUGCAUUAGAAUUAUUUUAGUUUAAACCAUUGUGAGAGGAGCUGAGGAUGGAAAAAAUUGUUGAUCAAGAACUUUCAGAAAGGCAAAUGAGUAUUGUUCCUAUCUCCACUUCAUUAAGCACAUCUUCACACCAGGAACCCUCUUCAGUAUUAGUUAUUGUAUUAAUCACCUCCCCUUAAACCAAUAUUGAGCUCUGAACCCUUAUCUCAGAGUCUGAUUCUAUUCAGAUUGCAUGCCAUUUAUUAGCUAUGUGACUCCUCCAUAUAUCACUUGAUUAUCUAUAAAAUGGGAAUAAAAUAAUAUCUACAUCCUAGUACUCUUUUAAUGUCUAAAUGAGUUAAGUUGUAGAACAAUUUUAGAAUUACAUGUGUUUUUUGUUUUUAAUUUAUUUAUAAAAUUAAAUUUAUUAAGAUUGUUCAAUUAAAGUAUAUGUUUCAAGUG